AAAAACACAACGUAGCUGGGUGAGAUUGUGAAGACAAAAUGCUCGGUCGUCUUGGCUUUUACACAGAUUAGGACAUGGACCUCGUGUGUGUGUGUGUGUGUGUGUGUGUGUGUGUGUGUGUGUCCACCCCCUUCCUCUCUCUCUCCCUGACAUACACACACUCUCUCUGUGAAUCCGAGCGAGUGAGCGUCGGUGCUCUCGUCGUCUUCUGCGUCUCUCACUCUCAUUUCUACACGACUGCACGUGUGUGUGUGUGUAUGUGUGUGUGUGUGUGUGUGUAUGUGUGUGGGUGCUUUUCUACAUACGGUCCGCGUGUGUGUGUUGGUGAGGUCGCUUCUGCAGUGGUGCUUUUAGUGCCGUCAGUGUUUUUCCUCGCAUGUCAGUGAGUGAAGCUCAUCAUGACUACAGUGAAGGAGUCGCGCGCUCCAGCGAAGGCAGCUCCGCACCAAGACCAGGAGAUAGUGGGCGGUAACCCUUCACAGAGGAACUGGAAGGGAAUAUUAAUUGCUCUGCUGGUUAUUCUGAUCAUCUGCUCUCUCAUCGUUACCUCCGUCAUCCUGCUCACACCAGGUGAAGAUGACAAUCUGGCCUUGAAGGGGAAAGUGACACUGGAGGACAUUUUCAGGAAGGACUUCAGAGUUCACGACCCUGAGGCUAAAUGGAUCAGCGGUGAGGAGAUUCUCUAUCGCACUCGUGAAGGUGAUGUGCUGAAGUUCAACGCGGAGACGAACAAGAGCACACUGCUGGUGUCCAACAGGAAGUUUGAAAUGUAUAAGGCCAUUAAGUAUGAGCUUUCUGCAGACCUGAAGCAUGUUCUGCUGGCCUACAACGUGGAGCCGCUUUAUCGUCACUCUUUCACUGCUUACUACAUCAUCUGUAGUUUGGAGACUCCGCAAACAUGGAUUCUGACUCCUCCAGAAGUGCGUAAUGCUCCUCUUCAGUACGCAGGAUGGGGACCACGAGGACAGCAGCUGAUUUUUAUAUUUGAGAAUAAUAUCUACUACCGCUCCACCGUCGAGAGCCGAACCAUCCGCCUGGUUUCCACUGGCAAAGAAGGUGUGAUAUUCAACGGCCUUGGUGAUUGGCUGUAUGAGGAGAUGAUCUUCCAGUCCCAUGUGGCUCACUGGUGGUCUCCUGACGGGACUCGUCUGCUGUACGCCUCCAUCAACGACACUCUGGUGCCCAAAAUGGAACUGCCCAUGUUCACAGGGUCACCGUACCCAACGAGCCGAACAUACCAUUACCCCAAAGCCGGAGAGGAGAACCCUGUGAUCUCUCUGUAUGUGGUGAACCUGAACGGCCCGUUACACACCAUUCAGAUGAAGAGACCUGACGACCACAGGAUCCGAGAGUUUUACAUCACAAUGGUGAAAUGGGCCACGAGCACGAAGCUGGCGGUGAAGUGGUUAAACCGAGCGCAGAACUUCUCCAUACUGAGUCUGUGUGAGGCCACGACGGGAUUCUGCACCAAGAAACAUGAGGAUGAGCGUGAGACAGGGCUGGACAGACAGAACGAAGCUCCACUUUUCUCUAAAGACGGCCUGAAGCUCUUCUUCACUUCUGCUGUCCCUCAGGAGGGGCGGGGCAAAUUCUUUCAUGUGUCCAUGGCAACGCCACAGCCCAACAGCACCUCAGAGACUCUUCAGUCUAUCACAUCAGGCAGCUGGGACGUUACACAGCUUCUGGCCUACAACGAGAACACCCAGCUAAUAUACUAUGUGAGCACAGAGGAGGAUCCCAAGCGUCGCCACUUGUACAGUGCUGAGACGGUCCGUCCCUUCACUCGGCUCUGUCUCUCCUGUGGUGUUACAGACGUUUGUGGAUUUGUGAGCAGCACCUUCAGCCACGACACGGCCUUCUUCCUGCUCCACUGUAAAGGACCUGGUGUCCCGUUUGUGUCUGUCUACAGAACCAAGGACAGACAAAAGCUGUUGGACAUCGAGCUGAACCUGAACCUCCGGAAGACCGUAGCCUCGGUGCAGAUGCCCCGGGUCGAGUACAGAAAGAUAGACGUGGAGGAUUACACUCUGUCGCUGCAGAUCCUGAAACCUGCCCCCUUCGUAAACACGGCACAUUACCCUCUACUGCUGCUCGUGGAUGGGACUCCGGGAGGACAGGCCGUGACGGAGAAAUUCCAGGUGGACUGGGCAACGGUGUUGGUCAGCACUUUGGGCGUGAUCGCUGUACGCUGCGACGGGCGUGGCAGCGGCUCUCGGGGCUCCGAGUUCAUCCACACGCUUGACAAGGAGGACCAGCUGAACGCUCUCAGCAUUUUAGCGAAAGAGCCGUACAUCGACAAAACCAGGAUGGGCGCUUUUGGACAGGUGUAUGGAGGACACAUCACCAGCCUCCUGCUCAGCUCUGAGGCCUCCGUGCUGAAAUGUGGAGCUGUAUUCUCACCCAUCACCGACUUCAGACUCUACGCAUCGUUUUUUUCUGAGCGACAUUUUGGCCUUCCGUAUCCUGAACAUCGAGCGUACGAGCUGUUGAAUUUCACACACCGAGCGUCUCAGUUCGCCGAUAAGAAGUUUUUGAUCGUCCACCCGACUGCAGACGAAAAAGUUCAUUUUCAGCACACGGCCAAAUUCAUUUCAGGGUUAAUCAGUGGGAAGGCAAAUUACAGUCUCCAGAUUUAUCCAGAUGGAGGUCACUUCCUGCACAGCGAGGCGGUGAGGCGACACUUCAGUCAGUCCCUGGUCCACUUUUUCGAAGAGUGUUUCAGGCGAUCAGACGACGUGAUUGAAGACGAUCCAGAGGAAAAGAACGAAGUCCAGGGUUAACGUCCUCCGCCGUCCGCUUAAAGAACUCAGACUUUGUUUAUAACUCCAAGGACACCAUCCUCAUUUAUCUCGCUGUACAGAGAAUUUCCCUCUGUGGAAGUUUUCCUCUCAAACCGCUGCUCCUGUCUUUCUCUUAUGUUCGGACCGGCAGCGGCUUCGCUGUCUGAAAACGGCCGAGGUCGAAAAGGACGUUCCGUCCAUCACUUUGAUUGGCGGGUUACUCUGGUGAACUGACUGCUGGCAGCAAGGAAUAUAAUCAAACCCUCUGAAACAGUGUUCAGACUAAAAGCAGGAUGGGAUUUCCGGCACUCGGUGUGUCGACCGAAUGAGAACACUCUGUUCAUCCAACUGCUCUGGGACUGUUUUAUUAUUUUAUUUGUUUUAAAGACAUGGUGGAUGGAGGUUGGUUCCUGGUCAUGGUUGUACCUCAGAAAGUUCUUAUGUCUUAUUGUGCUAGUAUCUGUUGCUCCGAUGUAAAGUAACAAAUGAAAUGAAAUAUCGAUAUAAAAAAAAAAAAACUGUUUUCUUUUUCA